GUCACAUUCCACCAAUUAUGGCUGCGGCCCCUGGAAAUAUUAUGGUGGUGGAGGGCAGGUUCAGCAUGGCCGCAUUGCAGCAGAAGCACACACCUUGUAAACAGCAUUGCAUUAAGAUGAUGACGUCCUGAAAGGGACAUACGGCGAAAUCAGCGGAAGGAAACCCCGCUCCGGUCGGGGGCUUUGAUGGAAGUAUGGUGAGACAGAUGGCUCCUAAGAAAGUCAAGCAGCGGGGGCAGACCGCAUGGAAGACAUCCACAAGCACCAAAGCAAGGAGGAAGUGUGUGGCACUUUUUAGUUGCCUUGCUCUUCUUCUGUGUUACUGUCCUUUCGAAGCCGGGGCAGCUCGUGAAUUCGCUGCCGCGCAGUCGCGGCUGAAGAGGAAUGUCACUAGCACUCAGCCGUUCUUAGUGCCCCUGCCCAAGGAGUACACUCGUGGCACAGAGAUCAUCGUUGUGAGCCCCUUGCUCCAGUUCUCCAGCAACUUUCCAGAGUCCCGAGUGCUGCGGACAGCGUUUGAUGCUUUCCAUCCGCUGAUCUUUGUGCAUCCAAUAAGGCCAGCAACCGACCCCACGCUGCAAGUGCUCCUCGAGGUGGAGGUCUCGGUGCUGAGCAGGAACGAGGAGCUCCAAUUUGGCGUUGAUGAGUCAUAUGAGAUAGAAGUGCCGGCUGACGGGUCAAAAGCUAUCAUCAGAGGCAAAACAGUCUUUGGGGCUCGCCAUGGUAUUGAGACUUUCAGCCAGUUGUGCGUGUACGAUUACGGCCUCCGGGCAGUCAAAAUCGAAAACGCUCCGUGGCGGAUCUUCGACGAACCACGCUUCCCACACCGGGGCAUUUUGAUAGAUACUGCCCGGCACUGGCAGCCAGUCAAGGUGCUGAAGGCCCUGAUAGAUUCCUUCUCCUACGCGAAGAUUAACGUCAUCCAUUGGCAUCUAGUGGACAUGCAAUCCUUUCCGAUUGAGAUCCCGUCUUUCCCAAGGCUGUGGGACGGAGCGUGGAGCGAAUUCGAGCGGUACACCACACGCGACAUGCAGGACAUUGUAGAGUAUUCGCGGCUCCGCGGAAUAAACAUCAUGCCCGAGAUCGACGUCCCGGGUCAUGCCGAGAGCUGGGGGGUGGGUUACCCCCAGCUGUGGCCCCACCCGGACUGCCGGCAACCGCUGGACAUGAGCACUGAUUUCACCUGGGAGGUCAUCAGGGGGAUCAUCGAUGACCUCCUCAAGAUCUUUCCGUACAAGUACUUUCAUGCGGGAGGGGACGAAGUAAACGUAGACUGCUGGUCGCAAGUGCCGCGGACGAAGCGUUGGUUGGACGCCCACAAUCGGACGGGGAUGCAGGCGUAUGCGGACUUCGUGGUCCGGACACAGGAGAUGCUGCUGGAACGAGGGAGGGACCCCGUCAACUGGGAAGAGCCGUUUGACUCGUUCCCCGAGCGGCUUAAUAAGAACGGGGUCGUCCACGUAUGGCUCGAUAAUCCGCAGACGAUUAGUCAGGCGACCCAACACGGCUUCCCCGUGAUUGUCGCCAACACGGCCGGCUCGUAUCUGGAUCAUCUCGACAUCGUAUGGCGGUCCAUUUACAUGAACGAUCCCUACAAGGGGAUCAAGCGCGAGGCGCAGCGGCGCCUGGUGAUCGGGGGGGAGAACUGCAUGUGGGGCGAGGACAUUGACGCGUCCGACCUGGAACAGACCAUCUGGCCCAGGGCCGCCGCGUUCGCGGAGCGUUAUUGGAGCCCGGUGAACCACACAGAAGGCUACCAAAACGUGGAGCGCUUCCUGCCGCGGUACCACUACUUCCGGUGCCUGCUGAACCAGCGAGGGGUGCGGGCGGCACCGGCGGCGAACCACCUGGCGCGGAAGAAUCCGGACGGGCCAGGAAGCUGCUACGAGCAACGAUAGCAUAUAAGUGUCCGGCAUAGCAGACAGUCCUAAUAUCUGCCCGGGUUUGGGAGAGAAGCAGUUCGACGCUUGACGGUGGCCAGAAGUUGCGCAGCACUCUUAGUACCAUCCGUGGAAGUUGCGAAUACGUCAUGGAACACUGCAAAGAGAACGCGACACUUCGGUCAAGGUUGAUUACCAAAGGAAAUCGGCACGCAUACACCUUGUUCAACGCAUACCCGAUCGUCGA